GCACUUAUCGCUCCAAUUGGGUUUUAUGUCAUGUUCCGUACACUUAAACUCCAUCCUGGUCUACUAUCAAAAGUUCACGGCACCCUCCGCUUAAUUUCGACUCGGUAUUGCUCGAUGGAGACUGAUAAAGGCACAGAUCGAGGUUCAAGCCCUGGUGGCUAUUCCGUGUUCUCUAAGCAGGGCUCUUCUUCACCUGGCAAAAACGAUUCUUCUUCUCAUGCUGAAAGAAAUAAACUAGGGAAUUGCUCAGCAAAAACAACUCCCAAGAAGUUCAACGUUUCUGAGUCUAGGGCUGCGCCUGAUCGUAUCUAUAGAAAAGAGCAUUCCGCACACACUAGUACCAGCACUGAUUUGAGCUCUAAUCAUGGAUAUUUGAAUAGAAGAAGAACUAGAGUUGAUCUUGGAUCACAGGAGUGGAAUGUGGAUAUCAACUCAUCCCAAAUUGGGAUGUCCCCCAUGGCAAAUUGUAUAAGUGACCAAUGCAAAUUUUCUCUGUCCACUCAAUUUGGGAAGAAGAGCACAACAGCUCAUGCUAAAAGAUCCAAGACUCACCAAAGCUAUUUCAUGUGUCAUGUAAAUGAGGAUUUUCCGAAGGCUAAACCAUUUGAUGUGUGCUUUCCCAAAAGAAGAAAUGCUAGUGUCUUGGAAGCUUCAUUGUAUGAAAUGCAUGAAGAAAACCGGAAAAAGGUAGGGUGCACCAUUCAAGGGACUAAACAAGGAGUUUUGCGACCUGGGAUGGUUCUGCUAAAGCAUUACAUCCCCCACAAUUGCCAGGUGAAAAUAGUGAAGACUUGCCGAGAACUUGGUCUAGGCCCUGGGGGAUUUUAUAGGCCUAGUUACCGAGAUGGGGCAAAACUUCAUCUACAAAUGAUGUGUCUUGGUCUGAACUGGGAUCCUGAGACAAGAAAAUAUGAAGAUCGGCGAAGGGUUGAUGGUUGUGAGCCACCUGGUAUUCCUUGUGAAUUUAAUCUAUUGGUUAAAAGAGCAAUUCAAGAUGCACAUGCCCUUAUUAGAACAAAUUGCAACUUAAGCAAUGCUGAAGAAGUAAUUCCUGUAAUAUCUCCAAAUAUAUGUAUUGUGAACUUCUAUACAACCAGUGGACGACUUGGGCUCCAUCAAGAUCGUGAUGAAAGCACAGAAAGUCUUCGCAAAGGAUUACCUGUUGUGUCUAUCUCCGUCGGUGACUCUGCAGAAUUCCUGUAUGGGGAUCAGAGGGAUGUGGACAAAGCACAGAAAGUUGUACUGGAAUCAGGAGAUGUAUUAAUCUUUGGUGGUAAGUCUAGACAUAUAUUUCAUGGUGUGACAUCUAUCAUCCCAAAUUCCGCUCCCAAGGCUCUAUUAGAAGAAACUGGACUUCGUUCCGGCCGUCUCAACCUUACUUUCAGACAGUUCUGAAAAGCCUUUGAUGUAGUUGUUUAUCUAGAUAUGCAGCUGAUUGAGGUCAUAUGCAUUGUGAGCACAGUUCAUAAUUGUUCUAGUGUAUGUUCUGGAUAAUUGAUUGUUUCUGCAGCUAUGAUUUUUUAAUUUUAGUAAUGAAGAGAAAUGAACAAUUAUGGUAGGCAUGCCA